GUCUCCCAAGCUCUGGUUCCAGCAUCCUCGCACGAUUUCGACUCACCAUCAGAGGAGGAACCCUUGCGCUCUCCAGUUGUAUUGGCUCCAGCUCUUGUGGUACAGCGGAGUAGUGUUCAGAAAACUGGGGGGUCGAACACCGAUAAGGUUGAGAAACAGAACUUACUACCGAUGCCGCCACAGUCUCCGCCUCCGCCUUAUGGAUCUCGCUCUCAGGCUACGCCGCCACCUAGGCAGCCUGGCAACUACAUGACAAUCAUUCGAGAUUCGGGUCCCAUCAAGGAAAGCUUUCUCAUAGACCCCAUGCUCUCCGUUCCGUCAGAUCUUCUACCUCCUCUGACUCCUUAUGAAACGGAGAGCUGUAGGAACAAUCUUAACAUUGAGACAAAGUCGGGAGAAAUCGACACUGACAUUGAAGUCAUGAAGUCAGGCUGGUCGACCCGUUUCCGAGCCAACAUACGCUCUCGUGGCGACAUCGUGAUCCGUUUACGUUUACCCGGCACCGUCUCUCCCCACGAUCCGACUCGCCCAGGACCGCUGUGUGUUAUGGACGUCUAUGCGAGUUCGGGAAACAUCUACCUUUUGAUUCCGCGGAAGCGCAUGCAGGGACGAUUGAACGUUACCACUCGCGGCAAUGUCAUCUUUUCUCCCGCACUGCAGAAGGACUUGAAUAUCUUUAACGAGAGCGAAAAGCGGAGGGAGUGUUUUAUAGGGGAUUGUACUGCAUGGUCGGAGGAUUUGGGAGAUAAGAUCAACUUGGAAGCGAAAUCGGGAGGGGGGGUGUCGGUCCAGUAUAACGACGAACCAUUUGUGAAGCCAGAAAACGGAGAUUGUAUUGUUUCUUGAUUUUUUUUUUUCAAUUAUUGCAUGGCCCUAUACUCUUGGAGAUAGGGCUUGUUUUAUUACAGUGCCCAGUACUGUCUUGUCUUCUUGUAACUGUUGAUCCGUACACGUCCUCGACAGAGAUAUCAUAGUCAUGAAAUAAG